GACGAGAAAGGCGUUUGGCAGCUCAACUGAGCUCUUAGACACUUUUUCUCCCAAAGAAAGGCGUUUAACUUCAUGAUAAAGUUAGAAAUGAGCGGAGUCAAGUACUCUUCAGUCAUUGGAUAAACAACUUCAAGAAAAAUCAAGAAAAUUAAGCCUGCGUUUCUGACAAACUUCACCACAAGGUCUGUCACGUUUCCUCCAGCCUGACAUGACUAGCCAAAGGAGAGAUACAUGUACAUGUAUGGUGACAGUUACAACGGGAAUCUUACAGGGGUCUUACUGUUAACUGAAUUGUGGUACUUCUUCGAUGACACAUCCAAUAAAGGCUGCUUAUUGAAAUAAUACAAAAAAGAUCAAGAUGAGUGACAUUUGGGAAAACGAGGAGGUCCAGGAUAAACUGAGCAAAAUGAAGCCGGAGAUGCAGAUCGUGUUUCUGCGAGCGAUGAGGCGUAUCUACGCCAAAGAGAGCAGCAGCGUGCUCACGCAAAUAGGGCACUCGAAGAAAACGGUGAAGAUGAUGAAUGAAGACUAUGAAGAAUUGAAGGAGAAACAAGCCAUGUUGAAGGGAGUCUUAGAGGAGCGCCGAAAACCGGAUUUACAGGACAUCCUGUCGGACAACACGAAAGCGAACGCUGAGACGACAGGAGACGAGGUGCAGGUUCUCGUGAUGGAGGACGUGUCUGAAGAUAAAGAGGAAAAGAAAGAAGAAAAGGAACAGGCGCCGCCACCAAAGGUUAAAAAGAUCAAGAAGGUCCUGUGGGUGAAGACCAAGACAGUCCCAGUAGACGCCCAGGUCAUCUCGUCCAUGAGCGCGCUCAUCACAGCGGCAAAUGCCUUUAAGAAGAAAAAGAAAGAGAAAAAAGCUACAGAUCUCGAUACGCCAUCUGACCCCACAACGAACGCGGCUGUAUCUUCAGCAACGGAGCAGACAACUCAGCCAGCGAUUGCUGUUGCGCCGGCAAAACAUAACGAAAUGAAGACAACGGCAAUCAUCACUCCGGUCACGACCAACUCAAACAAUACUGUUUUGCCAACUAAAAACAAUUCAAACGCCCAAAAAACUGUCGAGCCAGAUGCAAAAUUAGGCGCCCCUGUUUUUAGUGACAUUACACCUGUGGAAAUUUCAAAAGAAACAGUGACAAAUAAUUCGCAACAUGGUGAAGCUUCUUCAGAGGAAUAG